AUGACUAUUCGUGACCUGCCAUCCAGGCGCAAUUUGCCGAGGGCAUUCGGGACAAUGUCGCUAAAAAGCUCCCCGUUUUCUGCGUGUCGAGCAAGGCAUAUCAGAAGAUCUCUGACUAUCCUUCCUGACGUUUUGCGCAGCGGUGUCUUCAAAAGUCCCCGGAGGGGCCCAAUGGAUUUCAACACGGAUAUUCUCGCCGCAACCCUCGCACAAUCAUCGAGAUCCUUCCGCCUACGGAUGGCUAAGCGGCCAGAGUUGAAGAAGGCUCCCUCUUUUGCUUUGGUUGCUCGCCAGGUCGAGAUCCUGGAACACGGUCUCAACGACACCGUGGGAUUUAAAGAUUAUCUCAACACCGGACAAAAAACAGCCAGUCGACUUUUUUUCCCCGUUAUUGCAUCGGGGAUGGCAGGCGCCUAUACAUAUGGCGUUGAAGAACGCGGCACUGGCUGCUUCAAGCGCAUAAAAGCUCAUGUAGUCGCACACGUCAAGAGCGUGCGAGACACCAUGUUCAAGGCGGCCGCGCAGAAGGUAGAACGCGCUCUGAACCACACCAUCAACCGCCUCGGGUUCAGAGUGACCACGAAGGUGGAUAAGUUUGUGGAUCUGAUGAAGGAUGACUACAGCUCUCUACUCGUCGAUCUGAACAUCUUCAAGGCCCUGUCCAGCUCUCGGGAUCAAAUUCGGGCUCUGCUCUCCCAAGCCGAUCAGCAGUUCGAACAGGUGCUGCGCCCCAUCAAACGUGAGGAUACGGCAGCCAUGGAUGUCGAUUACGAAGCAUCAGCAACCACACCUGACCCCGGAAAGCCACUCAAGAUCGCGAAUUCUGGCUGCGGCUCUUCUUUUGCCGUUAGUGCCAAUGGGCCGACCUCUUGGGCUGCCGAUGGCACACUGUAG